AGAGCGAGAGUGGAUAAACUGGCACGCUGUUGCUCCACAGCAGCUUCUGUGACGUCACGACACGGUGAGGGCUUUUCUAAGCCCUGCACGGCCCUGCCCAGCACGGCGGGCAACAGAUACAGACACACGACACAUCGUGCGAGGGGCGGCUCUUAUCAGCAUUCGGCAUCGGACAAAUCGAAGACAAAAACAAAAGCGGAUUUAAUCUCGGAGAGAAAGGUCCGGCUAAUCAUUCGAAAUGUUGCCACCGCCAACGACGCCGGUGCUCCUCUGGGGGCUGCUGCUCUUCUUGACGGCUACCCUGGCCGGACGCGUCCACGCCCACUACACCAGCGGGGAUGUGGUCUACCAUCCGUUGUCGCACUUCUGGACGGGCGUGGGCUUCUGUCCAGCCGGUGACAUAGAUCACAAGGGGAUUAGCGCCGCCCUGAGCGCCCGUGAGCUGCAAAUGAACCUCCGGCAGAUUGCAGCCCUGCCGGUGGGCGCUGUGACCCACAUACGCAUCCACUGGCUGCUGGAGCUGGUGCAGUUCCUGCAGUACGACAUGAGCGGUGUGCCAAAGUACGACUUUGGUAAGUUCGAUAACUUUAUUGACUUUCUGCACGAGGAGCUGCGCCUGUCGCCGGUUCUUGAGUUCAUGGGGAAUCCGGGGCAGGUAUUCACGGAGAAUCCACAGCAGAUCUCCUUCUUCUGGGACCACUUCGUGAAGACUACCCUCAAUCAUCAGAUAGUACGACAUGGCUCUGCCCGGAUGACCAACUGGCGCUACGAGACCUGGAACGAGCCAGAUCUGAGUGGCUACAACACGCUCAACCUAACACUGGACUACUACUUGGAGUAUGUGCAAGCCGUUCGACGUGGUCUCAGCAAGGCGGGUGGUGUCCAUUCCCACACGAAUCUGCCUAUGUACCGGGCUCUGCGGGGCCCUGCAGGCCUGUUCAAGAACCUCAACAGUCACCCACGUUGCUGGAAGCUGCUGCAGCUGUGCAAUCAACGUAUGGUUCACUGUCCCAUCGAUGUGCUGACCUUUCACCGUAAGGGACUCAACGGAAGUGCCGUGGAAGUUGUGAAUGCUUCGCUGUCUUUGCUGGCGAAGAUCUACAAGGAGUAUCCCAAUCUCAAGCAACUGCCGGUGGCCAAUGAUGAAGCUGAUCCUGUGGCUGGGUGGAGCACACCGCGCGAAUUCCAGGCGGAUGUGCGGUACGGAGUGACUUUGAUGUCCACGGUGAUGCAGCAUUGGCAUGCCAAGCUAUCCGGCGGUCCGCUGAGCCGUCUGGAGUCCAUUAGCCAUGACAAUGCCUUCCUCAGCUAUCAUCCGCACGAAUUCACACAGCGCACUCUUUUGGCCCACUUCCGGAUGAACGAAACAAAUCCGCCGCACUCUCAGUUCAUACAGAAGCCGGUGUACGCUGCCCUGGGGAUGCUGGCCAAGUUGGGAAGCCGCGCUGCCGACAUGGAGCUGGUAAACAUGGACACCAAGCACAGUGUACAGGUCUGGCGCACCGUCUCCGGCGGCAUGGGCGGACCGGGCCAGUACAUGGCCACCAUUUUCCUCAGUCCCGAGGAGGCAGUACCAAAGAUCACGGCCUUCCAUCACAAGUACACGCUAAACAUGUCCAUAGCCAACGAGUCGGCAUUUAUCACCGAGCUUCUGAUGCCGCACAACACGGAUCCAUACUAUCUGUGGACCCAGGCAGGCAGUCCAGCGUAUCCCAAUGCCAACCUGCGCGAGGCCAUGCGCCGGGCGCAGACACCACGGCUCUACGAAACGGGUCCCAUCUGGCAGUACAACAGCGAGCUGGUCAUCAAUUCGGCCAGCAUACCCCUGCCCUGGGCGAUGCUGUUGCGCGUGUGCUCCGCCACGUGGCCGAAACUAAAGCGACCGCAGCAGCUGUCUAUUGUGGAGGUCACGCACCGCGAGGUGUUCAUCAGCUGGCGCGAGCAUCCCAAGUCCAUGCAGUGUCUGAAGAGCUACGAGGUGUGGUUCAAGCAGCGUGGGGGCCAAGGUUCUGCCGCCGACUGGCUAAUGAUAUCCCGGGACUGGCACUUGCCCUAUCCAUCGUUUCAGUAUGCACCCAACGGCCAGACGGGAUCAGUGAAUGGUUUCUACAAAGUCCGCGGUGUGGAUGUGUUCAAUGAGACCAGUCCCUUUUCACAAAUAGUCGAAUAUCUGGAGUUGUAAUUCAAGAAAAACAGUUUAUCGCACACAUAUUUAGACAAAAGUAAAUGACAAAAACAUAAUCAGGCUAUGGCCAGGCGCCAUCCCUCUAUCUGUCUCUCUUGGAAUGAAACUGGAACUGACUUCAUUGGGCACAAAACUUCUGGACAUGCGCCUCCGCCUUAAAGCCACCCAUAUACAUAUAUAUAUCAUAUACAAUAUUUAGUGUAUAGUACAUAAUCUGUGUUGUGUUCGUAAUGCAUAAAAUGCCCUCAUCCUGUGCAGGGAAUCGGCCAAAAGCGUAA